GCUAAAAAGAGAUUUCUUAAUGGGUUGCUAACUUCAUACCUUUUGCAAAAGGAGGCUCCUUUGUUUGUUAAUCUUAUCAUUAGACUGCCAUCUUUGAAGGAUACAAAUUUUUGCAGUUUCAUCCUGUCACUCGAAACCUGCAAGAUGGCUGAAGCUUUACUCGAAGGUGUGCUUGGAAGUUUGACCUCUCUCGCUGAAGCAGAGCUGGGACCAUUUCUGGGUUUCAGUGAAGAAAAGGAAAAACUUGAGAGCAUGUUCACAGCAAUCAAGGCUGCUCUUGAAGAUGCUGAAGAGAAACAAUUCUCAGACAAAUCUACAAAGGAUUGGAUGGGAAAGAUGAAAGAUGCAGCUUACGAGCUUGAUGAUAUCUUAGACGAGUGUGUCUAUGAACAAUUGCGGCUGGAACAAGAAGAAGUUAGGUGUUGCGUAUCAAAAAUGGUACUAAGCUCUUCAUUUUCCUCUUUUCAUCCCAUGAAUAUCUAUUUCCGUUACAAGAUUGCGAAAAGAAUGAAGAUCCUAAGUGAGAGAUUAGAUCGAAUUGCUAGUGAAAAGGACCAGCUUCGUUUGAAUUUCACGGUUCAAGAGGAAACCCGUGGAGUCCCAAAGUGGCGCCAAACCUUCUCACUUGUCACUGAACCAAAAGUGUAUGGAAGAGAGGACGAUGUAAAAAAAAUUGUAGUGUUUUUGGCAGGUGCUGCUUCUCGUGCUGAGAACUUACCAGUCUAUCCGAUCGUAGGUCAAGGUGGACUUGGAAAAACAACACUGGCAAAACUCAUCUUCAAUCACAAUGAUCUCAAAGAUUUUCAGUUAAGAAUUUGGGUAUGUGUUUCUGAAGAUUUCGGUCUGGAGAGAAUGUUAAAAGCUAUCAUUCAAGCGGCAUCUAACAAGGAGGUGUGCAAGGAUUUGGGUCCAGAGCCAAUGCAAAGAAGACUUAGAAAUCUGCUUACAGGAAAAAGAUAUUUGCUUGUUUUGGAUGACGUGUGGGAUGUUGUUGGACAGAAUUGGGAGAACAAUUGGCAGAUGUUGAGAUCUGUACUGGACUGUGGGGAAAAGGGUGCUUCAGUUUUGGUCACCACUCGCUUUUCAAAUGUUGCAGAAAUCAUGGGAACAGUAAAACAUCCUCAUAGAUUAUCAGAGUUAUCCGUAGAUUAUUGCUGGGAAUUGUUCAAAGACCAGGCCUUUGGAGCAGACGAGGUGGAACCAGAAGAGCUUGAGAUGAUAGGAAGGGAGAUAGUAAAGAAGUGUGGAGGAGUGCCUCUCGCAGCAAAUGCAAUUGGAGGUCUUCUACGCUUUCACAGAAAUAAGGAUAAGUGGCUCAAUAUUAUGAGAAGUAACCUUUUGACACUAUCACCGAAUGAGAAGUCCAUAAUGCCUGUCCUUAGAUUAAGUUACCUGAACUUACCAAUUGAACUCAGACAAUGUUUUGCUUAUUGUGCAAUAUUUCCCAAAGAUGAACGCAUAGAGAAGCAAUAUUUGAUUGAACUUUGGAUGGCUAAUGGAUUCAUUUCAUCCUAUGGAAGGUUAGGUGCCGAGGAUGUUGGUCAUGAUGUAUGGAAUGAAUUAUAUAGAAGAUCAUUUUUUCAGGAUAUUGAAACAGAUGAAUUUGGAAAAGUUACUAGUUUCAAGAUGCAUGAUCUUGUUCAUGAUCUUGCACAAUUUGUUGCUGAAGAAGUUUGUUGCAUUACAGACGAUAAUGUUGCGCCAGUUUUUUUUGAAAGAAAAAGAAUCCACCAUCUCUCGGAUUAUCGGUGGUGGAUCCAUUCAACCCAAUUGCAUCAAGUAAAAUCUCUGAGGACUUAUGUAGAUAGCAGAACAACUGACGAACUUUCUUAUGACGUGUUGAGAUGUUAUUCUUUACGAGUGCUUCACUUAAGUCGAUGGAAAGAAUUGUCAUCAUCUAUUGGUGAUUUGAAACAUCUAAGAUACUUGAAUCUUUCUUACGGUGAUUUCAAAAGCCUUCCAGAAUCCUUAUGUAAAUUACUGAAUUUGCAGAUAUUGAAAUUAGAUUAUUGUUACAGUUUGCAAAGAUUGCCCAACAGUUUGGUACGUUUAAAAGCUCUGCAAGAGUUGUCUCUUAAAAACUGCAGGUCGCUAUCAAGAUUGCCACCUUAUAUAGGAAAGUUAACUUCUUUAAGGAGUUUAUCCAUCUUCUUUGUUGGCAAGGAAAGAGGGUUCCUUUUAGCAGAACUGGGACAACUCAAGCUUAAAAGAAAUCUUGACAUCAAACAUUUGGAGAAAGUGAAAAGUGGAAAUGAUGCCAAAGAAAUCAAUAUGUCAAUUAAGCAACUGAAUAAGCUAACAUUGACAUGGGGAAGAUUCCGAGAGGGAAAAUUGGAAGGAAAUGAUGAAGAGGUUCUUGAAGCCCUUGAACCUUGUACCGAGACACUUCUGAGUUUGAGAGUGGAAGGAUACCAAGGUUCCCGUUUCCCAGAGUGGAUGUCUAGUCCUUCUUUCAGAUACUUAACUUAUCUAGUGCUGUGGAGUUGCAGAAAUUGUGUACAACUUCCCUUGCUGGCAAAACUACCUUCUCUAAAGAGGCUAAACAUAGUAUGGGCAGAGUAUGUAAAAUACUUGCACGAGCCAAGCUGCGAUGAUGAUGCAGCUUUCAUGGCUCUAGAAUUUCUAUCACUCUGCAGGUUGCCAAGCCUACUAAGGUUAUCAAGUGAGGAUGGGAAAAAUCUUUUUCCGUGCCUUACCACCCUUGAAAUUGAUGAUUGUUGUAACUUAUUGGCAGAGGAAGUGUGGCUGCAAGGGUUGCAAUCUCUGAAGAAAUUAAAAGCGAAGAUGUGUCCUAAGUUGAAUGUGUGGGCAGGUUUGCAAUGUCUAACUUGUCUUGAAGAUUUGACGAUUGAGAGAUGCGAAGAGGUGGAAGGUUUACAACAUAUGACGGCUUUGAAAAAGUUAACACUAAGAGAUGUUCCAAACAUACAAUCUUUGCUUCAUGAAUUACGCUUUGGAGAGCUUCCCCUGCUUCGUGAAUUACGCAUUGGUGAGUGUUACAAAUUGAUGUGUCUUCCGACAAGUCUAAGACUUAGCAGUGUGGAAAUGUUGAGUAUUAUGGGUUGUAAUCCUGAGUUAAAGAAGCGAUGUGAGAAGGAAACUGGGGAGGAUUGGCCAAUAAUAGCUCACAUCCCCCGUGUCUAUACACACUGAAUAUUAUGAUUAGUAUAAUUGUGCAGUGCAGGUAUAUAGUGGAUUCUAUCCCUUACUUCCUAUAUUUUGAGGAUUUAUAGUAUUUACGGUGCACUUUCCAAGUUUUGAGGACCGUAUGUUGUAAAGUUCUGCACAAAUUCAUUAUACUCUUCGGUGCUGUAAACAAAAAUCAUGCAGGAAUGAGUAUUUCCCUAGUAAUCUUUAUUAUAAGUA